AGAUGUUUUCCAUGCAGUUCCUGCGCCUGCUUGCAUGGAUUUGUGUCAUCUAUCUCUGCAUGCCAUAUGUGCCAGUUCGUGCCUUCCAGUGUGGCAGCCUUUCCUUGCAACGGGCUCAGGUUCCCCGGUCUGCCCGAAGAAGCGCAGCGGGGUUGAAGAUGCACUAUGUCUCUGUUGACCUCAAGGAGGCUGAUGUUGCCGAGGGUCAGUCCAAGGUUGUCACUGCAAGGAACAUCAAGCUCGUAGUUACCAAGAAGGAGGGCAAACUUUUUGCCUUCAACAACAAGUGCCCCCAUCUCGGGCUGAGCUUGAAGCGAGGGCAGAUCACUGGCUCCGACGACCGUCAUGGCAUCUGUGUUGUCUGUCCGUUCCACAAGAGCAAGUUCUCAUUGGAAGAGGAAGGAAAGUGUAAGGUCUGGUCGGAGUCUGUGUUUGGCAUCAAAGGCACUGAGAGCAUCGGCAACAAGAUCGGACAGUUUGUCGCGCCCAUGGCCAAGUCCGUCAACCCGACGGGAGAGAAGGCAGCCCCUGCAGCUGUUUAUGGCGUGAAGGUUGAGGAUGGCGAAAUCCUCGUGGAUCUCCCUCCUGAUCUCUCCAAGUAUGCGCAGACCAGGCAGUACAUUGGCUACAAGGAGUACGCUGAUCUCCCGGAGAAUACUCCCCGACGACCAGUGGACCCCAGGAGAUAA